GCCUGCGUCCUGCGGUCGGCGGGGAGCGGUCGUGCGAAGAGCUGGGGUCGUGAGGCGAGUCCCGCGCAGCCUAGCAAGCCGCGGGAGGUUACCCUUUUUGUUCAGCCGCGGAAUUGUAUAGAAAUCUCGUGAGGCCACUUUGCAAAUAGGGUGAUGAUUGUGCAAAGAAUGGUAUUGAAUUCCCGACCUGGAAAAAAUGGUAAUCCAGUGGCAGGGAAUUUCCGACUGGAGGAGGUCAGUUUACCAGAUAAUAUUGCUGAAGGACAAGUACAAGUUAGAACUCUUUAUCUUUCUGUGGAUCCUUACAUGCGUUGUAGAAUGAAUGAAGACACUGGUAGUGAUUAUCUAACACCUUGGCAGCUGUCUCAAGUGGUUGAUGGUGGGGGUGUUGGAAUUAUAGAAGAGAGCAAACACACAAAUUUGACCAAAGGUGAUUUUGUGACUUCUUUCUGUUGGCCCUGGCAAACCAAGGUUAUUCUAGAUGGAAAUGUCCUUGAAAAGGUAGACCCACAACUUGUGGAUGGACACCUUUCAUAUUUUCUUGGAGCUAUAGGUAUGCCUGGUUUGACCUCCUUGUUUGGAAUACAAGAAAAAGGCCAUGUAACUCCUGGCGCCAAUCAGACAAUGGUUGUCAGUGGAGCUGCUGGUGCUUGUGGCUCUUUGGCUGGGCAGAUUGGCCAUUUGCUGGGCUGUUCCAGAGUGGUGGGAAUUUGUGGGACAAAUGAGAAGUGCCUCCUUUUGACCUCAGAACUGGGCUUUGAUGCUGCAAUUAAUUAUAAAAAAGGGAACGUGGCAGAACAACUACGAGAGUUGUGCCCAGCUGGAGUGGAUGUUUACUUUGACAAUGUUGGUGGUGACAUCACUGACGCAGUGAUAAGUCAGAUGAAUCAGAACAGCCACAUCAUCCUGUGUGGUCAAAUUUCUCAGUACAACAAGGAUGUGCCUUAUCCUCCCCCACUGCCCCCUGCUGUAGAAGCAAUCCGGAAAGAAAGGAACAUCACAAGGGAAAGAUUUCUGGUGUUAAAUUAUAAGGACAGAUUUGAGCCUGGCAUUCUACAACUGGGCCAGUGGUUUAAAGAAGGAAAACUAAAGAUCAAAGAGACUGUGAUAAAUGGAUUGGAAAACAUGGGAGCUGCAUUCCAGUCCUUGAUGACAGGAGGUAACAUCGGAAAGCAGAUAGUUUGCAUUUCAGAAGAAUUCACUUUGUAAUUUCUGGAAGAGUGGUCAUCAAGGAAAUCACACAGAUUUCCCAUUUUGUACAAAGAGUUUUCAAGAUACAUUUACAAAAAAAAAACUACUUAGAGUACAGAUAACUUUUAAUUUAAAUGUGAGCAUAGGUGAAAAUUUCUUAGGUGCUUGAUAUAUUCGUUCCUAUAUCAUAAAGGUCAUGUGCGUACUCUACAUCCACCAUAUGAUUAUUUACAGUAAGAUUGAUGGCAACAUGAUCUAGUUUUCUUUCUCGUUUUGCUAAAACUAAUAUUACAUAUACUUUUUAUUAGAUAUUCUGAAGCCACUAUAGAGUUGAUGCAAUUGUUUAUGGCUCUUACAAAAUAGAACAUAAUAAAUUAUUUUUUAUUAAUUUAAACUAGAAUGCUCAAGAUACACCUUUUUAGUUCAGAUCUUUUUUUUAAUAAUGCAGAUAUUAAAAUUUAACAUUUUUGUAGCAAUAAGUUCCAAACAUUUAUUUGAAUAGCCCUAAACUUCCUGGGAAAGUCAACCUUGAUAGAAUUUGGUUUUCAAAAUAGGUUUGCUAAAAAGGUAAUUCUUUCUUUUUGAGAUUUGUCUAUGUCUGCCAGCAGUUAAGUCACAUAAUUUGUGUUUAUCCAAUUAAGAAGUGGGCAAAAUGGGAUUUAUCUUCUGAUUUAUAAAGUACAUUUUUGUCAUGCAGUUUACUUUAAAAUAAAAAGACACAAAACUUG